AUGAUAUCCUUGUUGGGGCGAUCGGUCCUCGUGACGGGAGGCGGCUCCGGUCUUGGCGCAGCGACGGCUCGGGUACUGGCGGCCCACGGGGCCCGCGUGACGGUUGUUGAUGCCCAACAGGAGCCGGCGAAUGAGAAGAGGGGAACAGCAGAAACGAGCGAGAAGGGAGUUGUGAUGCGUGUGAGGGCGGAUGUCACUCAAGAGACGGAGGUGGUGGCUGCCAUUCGCGCCGCAACAGACGCGUUUGGGCCGCUCUUUGGUGUUGUUAAUUGUGCUGGCAUCAGUCCCCCCGCAAGGGUGGUUGGCAAAAACGGGGCAUGUCCACUGGAGAAGUUUGAGCGGGUGAUUAAAGUAAAUCUCAUAGGAACAUUUAACGUUUGUCGUCUCGCCGCAGAGGAGAUGAUAAAAAAUAAUGUGGCGGAAACAGAAGACCGUGGGGUUAUUGUAAAUACCGCUAGCAUCGCAGCAUAUGAUGGACAAAUUGGGCAAGUAGCCUAUGCCGCUAGUAAAGGUGGAAUUGUAAGCAUGACACUACCACUCGCCCGUGACUUGGCAUCCCAUCGAAUUCGCGUUAAUACUAUUUGUCCUGGUGUUAUGGCAACACCGAUGGUGCUGGAGAAAAUGUCGUCAGCAGUGCGGGAGUCGCUGGAAAUGACAGUUCCAUAUCCACGUCGUUUGGGAGACCCGUCAGAGUUUGCGGCGCUGGUGCACCACAUCAUGGUAAACCGUUAUAUUAAUGGAGAGUGUAUUAGACUUGAUGGUGGGCUUCGAAUGCAACCCAAGUAA